CGAGGGGGAGGGGCGGAGCGAGGAGGAGGGACGGGGGUUGCCGCCGCGCUGCAUUCUGGGGAGGACGUUGCUCCGUCAGCCGCGCGGCCUCUUGGGAGUUGUAGUCGCGAUUCUGAGGCUACGGAUAAUAAAAAAAGCCCUUUUAAGUUUACACCAUGGAUAGCACAAAGGAGAAGAAUGAAAAUUACAAAGAUGACCUCCUGCUUAGGAUGGGGCUUAAUGAUAAUAAAGCUGGAAUGGAAGGAUUAGACAAAGAAAAAAUUAACAAAAUUAUAAUGGAAGCCACAAAGGGGUCCAGAUUUUAUGGAAAUGAGCUCAAGAAAGAAAAGCAAGUCAACCGACGGAUUGAGAAUAUGAUGCAACAAAAAGCUCAAAUCACCAGCCAGCAGCUAAGGAAAGCACAAUUACAGGUUGACAAAUUUGCAAUGGAAUUAGAACAGAGCCGGGAUCUGAACAAUACCAUAGUGCACAUUGACAUGGAUGCUUUCUAUGCAGCUGUAGAAAUGAGGGACAAUCCAGAAUUGAAGGAUAAACCCAUUGCUGUAGGAUCAAUGAGUAUGUUGUCUACUUCAAAUUACCACGCGAGGAGGUUUGGUGUUCGUGCAGCCAUGCCAGGAUUUAUUGCUAAAAGACUCUGCCCACAACUUCUCAUUGUGCCGCCAAACUUUGACAAGUACCGAGCUGUGAGUCGAGAGGUCAAGGAAAUACUUGCUGAUUAUGAUCCCAAUUUUCUGGCCAUGAGUCUUGAUGAAGCCUACUUGAAUAUAACAAAGCACUUACAAGAAAGACAGAAUUGGCCUGAGGACAAAAGGAAGUAUUUCAUCAAAACAGGGAGCUCUCUAGACAACGAUAAACCAGGAAAGGAAGUUAAACUGGGUGAGCGUGAACGAUCCAUCUCUCCACUACUUUUUGAAGAUACUCCUCCUGAUUUGCAGCCCCCAGGAAAUCCUUCCCAAGUGAACACUGAAGAACAAAAUAAUCCUCAAGAAUUCCAGAACUCAGUUGUUUUUGGAACAUCAGCCGAGGAAGUGGUAAAGGAAAUCCGUUUCAGAAUCGAGCAGAAAACAACACUGACAGCCAGUGCAGGCAUUGCUCCAAAUACAAUGUUAGCAAAAGUAUGCAGUGAUAAGAAUAAACCAAAUGGACAGUACCAAAUUCUGCCCGACAGACAGGCUGUGAUGGACUUCAUCAAGGACCUACCCAUCAGAAAGGUUUCUGGAAUAGGCAAAGUUACAGAGAAAAUGUUAAAGGCCCUUGGAAUUAUUACAUGUACAGAACUCUACCAACAGAGGGCAUUACUUUCUCUCCUUUUCUCUGAAACAUCUUGGCAUCAGUUCCUUCACAUUUCCAUGGGUCUCGGUUCAACACACCUGGCAAGAGAUGGAGAGAGGAAAAGCAGGAGCGUUGAAAGGACAUUCAGUGAGAUGAGUAAAGCAGAAGAACAGUACAGUUUGUGCCAAGAACUUUGCGGUGAACUCGCUCAAGAUCUGCAGAAAGAAGGACUUAAGGGUAGGACUGUCACCAUUAAGCUGAAGAAUGUGAAUUUUGAAGUGAAAACUCGUGCAUCUACAGUUUCAUCAGUUAUUUCUACUGCAGAAGAAAUAUUUGCUAUUGCUAAAGAACUACUCAGAACAGAAAUUGAUGCUGAUUUUCCACAUCCCUUGAGAUUAAGACUUAUGGGUGUGCGAGUAUCUGGUUUUCCCAAUGAAGAAGAGAAGAAACACCAACAGAGGAGCAUUAUUGGCUUCUUACAGGCUGGAAACCAAACCCCAUCAGCCACUGGGUGUAGACUAGAGAAAACUGAGAAAGAUCAGUUUCUAAAACCUCUAGAAAUGUCUCAUAAGAAGAGUUUCUUUGAUAAAAAACGAUCAGAAAGGAAAUGGAGUCACCAAGACACAUUUAAAUGUGAAACUGUGGAUCAAAAAAGUUUACAGACAUCACAGUCAUUCCAAGUUUUAAAGCAGAAGAUGAGUGAGAAUUUAGAAACAUCAGAGAAUUCAGAUAAAUGUCAGAUAUUUACCUGUCCUGUUUGCUUUAGGGAGCAGGGAAGCGUCAGUCUGGAAGCCUUUAAUAAACAUGUAGAUGCGUGUCUUGAUGCACCUUCAAUCAGUGAGAACUCUGAAAUGUCCUCAUGUUCACAUGCGUCCUCUACAGAAGUUAACAAGAAAGAGAAUGUACAUCCUUCUUUUUCACUCUGUGAGAAGCAGGAUUACAAAGCCCGUCAGAAGAAUAUAGAAACCACUUCAGGAGAUUGUGUAGAGUUGGUAGAGACCAUAGAUAACCCAGCUAAAGCAGAAGGUGUAGAUGCCUUAAGUAAUAAACGCAGCAAAGAGGAAUGUUCCAGUCUUCCAAGCAAACUGUUUAAUGUUGAACACUGUCAUCAGAAUUCUUGUACUGUUUCAUUGGAAGAUGAAGAUGUUGAGUCCUUAAGAAGGCAAGAGCCUGUCCAAGCUUUAGUUUGUCCUGUUUGUAACCUGGAACAAAAGACUUCAGAUCUUACCCUGUUCAAUGUGCAUGUGGAUAUUUGUUUAAAUAAAGGCAUUAUCCAGGAACUGAGAAAUGAUGAAGUUAAUCCAGUUAACCAACCCAAAGAAAGCACCAAAAGUACCGGUAACUCAGGAAGAGUACAGAAAACUAUAACAAAAACAAAAAGGCCAGGGUUGGUGACAAAGCACUCAGCAUCAAAGAAAGUAAAACCCAGCAAUCCAAGACACACCCUUGAUGUAUUUUUUAAAUGAAUGUUGAACAUUUUAUCAUUAAUCCUUAAUUGAAACUUAUGUCAUAAUCAGUGAAUCUAUUCUUCCUCAUUUUAAGUUCUCAGAUUCAUUUAGUGAAAGGCAAGUGCAAUAAUCCCUCCCCAAAUGACAUUUCCUUUAUAUGAAUAUGGAGUAUAUACUAAUUUACUUCCAUAUAUCUGUUUGAUAAGCAUGAGAAUUUUAUUUCCAUUGUACAUCAAUUGGAUGUCAGUCCUGUUAGACAUAAUUUUUAAACAAGAAAUUAGGAAUGGGAUCAGAAAGUGAUUUCCUUCUCUAUUAUGUUUUAUAGCGAAUAUAAAAACAUAUUUAUAAGGGCUCAGAGGUUUACGCAGACCUGUUUUAGCAUAAGAAUUUUUCAGUGCUUAACCACUGCAUCGGCACUGAAUUGGUAUAUUUGAUCUUAGUACCUUCUACAACUUUGUAUAUUUAUAUUUUAGCUCCUAGUAUCUUCAGAUACCUCAUGAGCAUUCAUAAUUAAUAUUUAUCAUAAGUUCUAUGAAGAAUAUUAGCGUAGCAGAGCUAGCAGUGGUUUUGUUGUUUUAAGUUCAGGAAAAUAAUAUUGUAGUAUUAUUUUUUGUGUUAAAAGAAUUUUGCCUAAAAUAUGAUUAUUCAUUUACCUUUUUUAAUUUAAAGUUUCUUUAUCUUAUGAAUAAGCACUUGGUUCACUAAAAAAUAUUUAGUCUAAGAGUCAAGGUACUUAUCUAGGACUUUUAAAUGGCAGUAUUUCAUUUCUUGGCAGUUUUGUUUGCACUUUACACAAAUCUAUAAAAAAGGAUAAAUUGGGACCAGCCUGGUGGCAUAGUGGUUAAGUUCGUGCCCGUCACUUUGGUGGUCCAGGGUUCAUGGGUUUGCAUCCCGGGCAUGGACCUGCACAUUACUCAUCAAGC